AUGACCCCUGAACAAGAGCGUCUAAGAGAGUUGGAGCGUCAACUGGAGGAGAUGAAGCGCCGCAAUCGCGCCCCACGACGAGAGCGCCACCGUGACGAUGAUGACAGGUACGAUGACGACGAAGACGGUGACGACGAAGACGACGACAGGGAUGAUGUAGCAAGGGAUGAUGAUGAGUACGAGGAGAAGCGGCGCCGGGCAUCCAGACGCCGCUCAAGGAUGCAGCGCAACACCCGCAAACGCCGCACGAAGGAAUAA